AUGGAAAUAUCUCAACGCUUCCCUUUCAGCACAUACACCAAGGACUCCAGUGCGGAGGCCGUCGCGGUUAACAACGGCCAUGUGUUCAGCCAUUGCGCCAACAAUGGCUUCCUUGGUGAUACUUCCACUUCGUUUACACAGAAGGACCCGAAGCUCGAAGGUCCAUCUUUGUUUUCGCCGUCAAGUACAGCGCCAACAGCAACAACUCUUUCCGCACAGCCAUCGACGGGCACCAAUAUAUCGGACUCUUCUGUCAUAUCUCCAUGCACUCUAGCACUAUCAUCUCCAACGAGCCUCAACCCGUUAUUCACGACCUUCGCAACUUCCAAUGCCCCAAAGACACCACUCGUUCCGUCGACUCCGACGCCGACAUCUAAUUCUUCACACUUUACCGUCAUAACAUCCGUGUCAGCCGGAGUGGCCUCUGCAACUCCCGACUCCCCUGCCAUACCUGAUCUCCGAAAUCAUUCGAGGCUCAAUAAUGGAGCUAUCGCCGCUAUAGUUAUAGGAAGCAUUGCCUUCGUUUGGCUCAUACUAGGAGCGCUCUACUUUCUGCGCCUCAAACAAACACGGCACAAUGACGGUUCGCUGACGGAUGUCACACGUUUCAUUCGCGCAUCUCGGGAGGAUGAUUCAACAGUAGAGUUCUCAGAUGUCGGUACACAUGGCGCACAUCUAGCAGGACGACCUUUGUUGGAGCCGCAUAGUAUGCAAGUUGGGGAAUCCUCGCAGAUUCGAAGCACUGAGAUUAUACGUCCUGGAGCUACAAGCAGGGAUGCUCUCCUCAAGAUUAUCCCGGAACGCCGCUCCCAACCCUCAUUUCUCGAUAUGUCGAGUCCGGUGGAGAAGGACGCUUUGGCUCAAUCAGUUCCUUCCCCCUCUUCGUAUAGAACCUCUUUUCUGGAAAUGCUGCGAGUUUUUCAGCACCGUACGAACAACGUUUGA